AUGUCAACUCAGUCUCAGAACAUCUAUGACAACCCAAAGUUCUUCUCUGCAUAUGGUGAUCUUCCAAGGUCCAAAUAUGGGAUUUCAGCGGCACCAGAAUGGCCCGUCAUGCGAGAUAUGAUCCUUACCGCCGCACCAUCCACCGCAAACAACACGAACCACAACCUCCACGGCCAGAAUAUUCUUGAUCUAGGAUGCGGCUAUGGCUGGUUCACCCGAUGGGCCCGCGAGAAUAGUGCUGGCUCUAUCAGAGCAGUUGAUAUCUCUGAGAAAAUGAUUGACCGCGCAAAAGAGUUCGAAGUGGAAGCUUCCCUUAGCAAAAAAGGCCGUGGUGAUUCGGUCUCCGACCCGAAAGUCAUUUUCGAAACCAGAGAUUUAGAGCGCAUCACUUUCAGCAGCGAAGAGCGAGAUAAAUAUGACCUCGUCCACAGCUCGCUCACUUUCCACUACAUUCAAGAUCUGGGACGACUCUUGUGCGAAAUCCAUGAUUCUUUGAAAAAGGUGACCGCAACAGGCCAAAGAGGAAGACUGGUCUUUUCUGUUGAGCAUCCAAUGUGUACUGCACCUAUCCAUCCGGAACCAGACUGGAAAGUGGUACAUGACGGAUUGGAAGAAUAUAAAGUCUGGCCGUUAAACUCAUAUAGUGAUGAGGGACUGCGAUUGACAAAUUGGCUCGGUACGGAGGGAGUCCGCAAAUAUCAUCGGACUACUGAGACUUAUGUGACAGUUCUAUUGGAGAGUGGGUUUGUUUUGACAGGGCUCAAGGACUGGUCACCAUCGAAGGAAGAUGUGGCUGGUGAGCCGGCGUGGGAUAUCGAGAGACAUCGUCCUUACUUCUUGCUUAUUUCUGCUGAGGUUAAAUAA